AUGGACAAAAUUCCAACACAAUCUAAAAAAGAGCAGGAGCUACUUGAGGAUUUACUCUCGGAUAUCUAUCACAGCCACAAUCGAAAUCUCCGCGACAAGGUAAUCGAGGGCAAGCUCAUAUCAAUCGAUGACGACUACAGCCAUGCUGACCUCCUUCGAAUGGAAACCCAAGAGCUUGAUUCCUUCCGAGCCGAUCUUGACGACAAUAUAUCGAAGCUAUCAAGCAAGCUAGUCAGGCUUACUUUGAAACAAAAUGGCAUCAAGGACGACAUCGCUCAAAAUUGUCAAGUCGUUUCCGCGAUUAUUCAGGCUUUCUCCUCGAAAAAGUCAAAAGGUCCUCUUCAGUCGACGUUUUCCGUAGAACCUCCUUUGGUAUCUGAUAAAGUGGCUUUCAACGAUUGGCUUUUAUCGCACAGGGCUUUGCUUAGGAUGGAAGUUGGGCUUCCGAACUCUUGGAGGAAGAAGAUCUGGCUGGGGCUUGCGGAAGAAUACUUCGAAGAAGUCGGGCUGGAUCGAAAACAACUCUUUCCUUCACUUUUCAAUUCUACUUUGACUGACGAUGACAAGCACCUGGACUACCAAAUCGUCAAAGAUCUUCACCGAACUGCCAACAUCGGCUCAACUCACGAUCAACAACGCUUGAAGCGAAUCUUGCUUGCUUAUGCUCGAUACAAUCCAGAAUGCGGUUACUGCCAGGGAUUCAACGUCAUCGUGGCCUUGAUAAUGGAAGUUAUGGAAACAGAGUGGGACACGCUGCAAGUUUUCAUUUUUAUGCUCCACGCGGUUUUGCCACCAGAAUAUCAUUCACACAAUCUUGAGGGGAUUCAAACGGAUUUGAAGGUCUUGGCGGACUUGAUGAAGACUUUCACGCCGAAAGUGAAUUCUCAUCUUAUCAAUCUCAGGGAAUCUUCGAUUCGGGAAAAUGGCCAUGAACCUCCUCUCGCCAGUCCGUACAUGAUGCAAUGGCUCCUCACAGCCUUCGGGACUUUCCUGCCAAAAAAAAUUGUCUAUCGCCUAUGGGAUGGACUUCUUCUUGACGGAAAUGAGAUUCUCAUCCGAGGUAUUCUCGCGAUUUGGAAGACAAAAGAAGAAGACCUUAUCGCUAUAGAAUCGACCGACAUGUUCUAUCAGUUCAUGUCGCGAAUGGUGAAUUCAAACAACGAAGACUUUAUUUGUGAGAAGGAUUUUUUCAAGACGAUUUACUCCAUUACCGCUUUUCCAAUGAAGAAUCUCUUUUCAUUGAGAAAGAAACAUCGAUCAGGAACUCUAGUUCAGAAGUCUGUUCCUAACAGUCCCAUCGAAAAACAAGGGGAAAUCAGAAAACCCAAAUCCUCAUUUUCUUGGUGGCCAAGCUUCGGAUACGCUCCCGUUCCGCGCAGUACAUCAUUUUCUACCCCUCUUCACUCACCGGACAUUGACAGCGGAAAAGACUUGGAAGAAAAGCCAAAGCCAAAAAUAUGGGAACAGAAGCGCUCGAAAUCCACGACGAGCAUCAAGGACGAAAGGCCUUCCGUCAACCCGAGAGAUCUUGAAAAGCAAGAGAUCGACAAGCUCUUCAAAAACUUCAAUAACGCUCGCAAGCCAAAGAUCGGAAUCAACUUCUUCAGCCGACCAUCGUCAUCGCCCAUUCAACCCAUCGAAAAACCCUCUGUUUUCAAUCACCUCUACCAGCGACAUCAGAAGCUUUCAGUCAAAGCGCAGCAAUCCUCCUUCAACCGAACAAAGUUUACCGAGCUCCUUUCUUCUUCUGACACCGAAUAA